UCUCUGCUCACGCAAACCCGCGCAAUUCAGCUGCAAACGUCUCUGGAAAUUUCUUCUACCUAGUUCCCUGAUUUACCUCACCCCAAGAGAUGCCGAAAGAACUGCCUGGACUCUAUUGGGAUGAGGACAAGAAGCGAUACUUCCCAUUAGCUAUGAAGCCGAAACCACCUAUAGGACACGUUGCUGCAACCCAAGAAUCAGGGGACGAACCUUCCCGAAAGCGAAGACGCGUCGAAGGCGGAACUCCUACGUUCUCUGCGCUCGAGAAGCUACGGACUUCCUGCGGGAGCACUUCCAUAGACAGAGGGCUGUGCAAGGACAAGACUGCCGGUGACUUUGGAAGCUGCUUUGUGAUGUUGGGCGAUAGCAGAGGGUGGCUGUACUCACUUAGCGACGACAAUCCGAUCGCGUUAUCAAAUGCAAGACAGAGCUCAAUAUUGCUCAUCGGUAGGUCUUUGGUUUCCGCGAUAUGCUCUUGGGGCACGCGACGCGUUGCCGCGUCGUUUGGUUGGCCUUGCAAGAUAUUUAUCCGUGAAAUCCAACCUUCUGCCGAUGUCGUCUGUCACGACGUGGCAACAGCUGUCUUGCAAGAUCGAACACUUGCGUUGGUCCUCCCUACAGGCAGCGACGUGCUGUCGGUAUCCUUAGAUAAUAACCUGGUGUACGCAGGGACCCGGAGUGGAUUCGUCACCCGCUUCGACUCGCGCUUAUUUCGGCGCUCGCCGAACUCCAUCACUCAUCUCAAUGUUAUACACCAACAUGCAAUACUAGUAGGCACCAUUCGAGGAGAUCUCGAGGUACACGACCUACGAUUCAUGCGCGAGUCGGAGCCUCUACUGCAGCUGUCGGGUCAUGUCCGUUCAAGUGCGACCAGACUGGUUCGUUUCUCUAUUGCUCAUGCGCAGCCACGCUGAGACUGAAUUGUCCCUCCAGGGUCUGGCAAUCGACC